AUGGUGUGGAUCCUUCUAGAUUUUAUUUUUCUUCCUGCCUUAAUUUUGGUGUUUGCCAUUGGAUCUCUGGGUUUCCUUUUAGCAUUGACUUUAAACAGACACAAGCAUCCCCUUAACCUGUACCUGCUUUUUGGAUUUACACUGUUGGAAUCUCUGAGUGUGGCCUUUGCUGUUACUUUCUAUGAUGUAUAUAUUAUUCUGCAAGCUUUUGUACUGACUACUGCAGUAUUUCUUGGUUUGACUGUAUAUACUCUACAAUCUAAGAGAGAUUUCAGCAAAUUUGGAGCAGGACUGUUUGCUGUGUUGUGGAUUUUGUGCUUGUCAGGAAUUUGGAAGGUAUUUUUUUAUAGUGAGACAAUGGAAUUGGUUGUGGCUGCUAUGGGAUCCCUUCUUUUCUGUGGAUUCAUCAUCUAUGACACACACUCACUGAUGCAUAGGCUAUCACCUGAAGAGUAUGUAUUAGCCGCCAUUAACCUCUACUUGGAUAUCAUCAAUUUGUUCCUUCACCUGUUGCGUUUUUUGGAAGCAGUUAAUAAAAAGUGAUUAAAAGGA